AUGUGGCCUGGGGAGCUGGUCGAUCGGUCUGUCAGAGCCAGUGAGCGUUUGCAGCAUGAGGUUAGGCCACAAAUUGCAGAGAACGUGUUAGCUUCCAAGAAUAUCAUGAUACCCGUUGGAAACGCAAGCCUUCUUCGUCGGUACUACGAAAAGGUGUUUGAAAAUCUACAACAGACGAAUUGUCGAAUCCUUGCAAAGGUCUAUGUGAGGCUUGUUGAGCCGCGAAAACAGGUUAAAUUUCCCUACAAUGGACGAAAGAAUGUGGCAGGAGUAACACACCAAUUGAGUCCUGAUGAGACCAAGCCGCCAUGGUGGCCAAUUGAAGUGAGGCAUCGAGAGCCAGAUCAUCUGCACAAAGCUGAACGAAUUCAACUUCUCGGUCAUAUCCUUUGUGAAUUACGGGCUAGCCACGGAGUCACUGCGCGCAGACUGAGAGCAGCGGAUGAGACCAUUCGACGACAGAUAUCCCCAGCCGACCGGAUAAACCUACUCGAUGAGCUAUACUACGUCCGAGAGAAGGAAGAAAAACUUUUUGAUCACGUUCUAGACGCGAAUGCGAGAGUUUCAAUUUCCCGGGACAAUGUACCAGACGACUUGGAACUUGCAAUCAUUCACAACCAGAUUUGCAUAAGAGGCUCUCCUCCCGGCCAGAAGUCUGAAUCACACCUGCUACCGCGAGACCCUCUUCUACUUAGCGAUCCAAUCCGAGGAUCUGUACACACUGAGUCACCGGGAUCUGUUGCGACCGCCAGCAAAACAACGCAAUCUACUGCUCCGGGGUCCUUCACUAGCCGUCGACCAGCUCCAAAUUCUACGUGUGAAUUCUCCCCAGAUUUUGACCAUGGCAAUCAUUAUUCUCAGACGAGCUACCUUUAUACCCCUCCUUCUGUGCCCAUGGAGCAAUACUUUUCUAGUGAUCUCGACUAUGAGUCCUAUCUACCAGAAUCUUCGCAAGAAAUAUCAGCCGGUCAUCUAGAUUAUCCUCAAGCCAAAGCCAGGUCUAGGAUUGAAACAAUCAGAGAUUCCGUGAAUUUUGAUGGAUUCAACCGGGUGCUGGAGGGUUGCACCUGGUACUGA